AUGUCUAACUCGCCCAUCACCGUCCAUCAUGCUGUUCGUGAUCUUACGCAAAGCACCAAGGAAGCGCUGCAUACAGCGCACCGAUGGAACGAGCUUGCAGAAAAGUUUCAAGAGAGAUAUGGAAGCCCGCCGACGCAUAUUGUCAGAGCGCCAGGGAGAGUAAACAUUAUCGGAGAGCACAUUGAUUAUGCACUCUUUGGCGUUCUCCCAGCCGCCAUCGAAAAGGAACUUGUGAUCGCAAUUCGAGCAACACCAGAAUCCAAGGGCCUCGUAGAAGUUGACAAUAUGAACUCGAAGUAUACAAAGGCCAGCUUUACAGCGUUGCGGAGGAGCGAAUCAAAGGACGGGGGGAAAGAUCAGGAGGGUGAAUGGGAUCUUGCAAUUAAUCCAAAGGGUCUAAGGUGGGAGAGUUACGUCAAGGCGGGAUACCUGGGUGUGCUAGAGCGAUUCUUUUCAAAGGACACGAAAGCGGAUCCAGUUGGUCUACAGGCAUUGUUUGACAGUACUGUUCCGGCGGGCUCUGGAGUCUCAUCCUCGGCGGCACUCAUCGUCGCAUCGACCCUGGCAUUCCUCGUGGCCAAUGACAAACUUUCCUCAAUCACUAAAUUUGAUCUCGUUCAGAUGUCAGUGGGUAAUGAGAAGCGGGUUGGUGUGAAUAGUGGCGGCAUGGAUCAAUCCGCCUCAAUCCUCAGCGCACCCGGACACGCUCUCUAUAUCUCUUUCUAUCCGUCGCUACAGGUAUCCCCAGUACCGAUUCCAUCUUCGGCAGACAACCCAAUUGCAUUCUUAGUCGCAAACUCCCUCACUGUAUCCAACAAGGCAGAGACGGGCAAAGUACGCUAUAACCUUCGCGUCGUCGAGACACUCGUCGGGGCAAAGAUUCUGGCGAAUAUCUUGGGUGUAAAGACAGGUGAAGAGGAGCGAGCUGCCUAUCGUGAGGUGCUGCAGCGCUGGCGGGGGGAAAAGGAUAGCGAGGAAGCGCUCAAGGAAGAGAUUACCGCCCUGCUUGAGGGUGGAUACCUUGAGAAACUGAAGGGUAAAGAACAGCUUGGGGUAACACUCGAGGAAAUGGUGGAAAUGUCGGGCUUGUCAAGCGAUGUCUUUCACAAGGUAUUCCUCUCUUGGGUCGAAGUCGAAGCAACAUACUUCCAGCUGUACAAGCGCGCUCUACAUGUUUUCACUGAGGCGCGUCGCGUCCUCGAGUUUCGCGAUUUGUGUAGGCAGAGUGGCCCAUCCCUACCUGAGAAACUAGGCGAACUUAUGGACGCGUCACAGAAGAGCUGUGCCGAGCUCUUCGAAUGCUCCUGUCCCGAGCUGGACGAGUUGGUAGGACUAGCCAAAUCAUUGGGCGCAUAUGGCGCGCGCUUGACGGGUGUGUCAUACUUCCUUUCCGGUGCCGGAUGGGGAGGAUGUGCGUGCAUUCUCCUUAAAGAAGGAGACGUAGUAGAUUUCAUGAAGCAGCUGCGUGCUAGCUAUGGACCCUACAAACAUCUGGACGACGCGACAUUUGCUGAAACUUGCUUUGCGACAAAGCCCGCCGAGGGAGCGUGCGUCUUUACGCUUUGA